AUGGAAUACUCACCUUAGAGAUUGCAUACAAAUGAAGAGGAAGACAAUCACACCAUAACCAACAAUAACAUGUCAUUUUCUUCACAUAGAGAUAAGCAACCAUUAAUACAAGAAGAUUAAGAGAAUUUAUCAAUGAAAAGUAUUGAGAACAGGCGUAGCUUGAUGAACCUUGAGGAUACUAAGAAAGUGUCGAAUGUGGCAAAAAUGCAUAUUUCUGAUGAAGAUGAGGAGGAAAAUGAUGAAGAAAAUCAAGAAUUUACAUCAAAAGAUCUUAUAAAGGCUCAGUAAAAAUUAAUAAAAGGCUCGAAGAGAGUCUAUUCAGCCAUGCCAGUCAAGGAUGGAAAGAGAAUAAAAGGGUCUCAGUCACUACUGUUAAGAGAUGACGAAUAAUCUGACAGUAUAGAAGAGGAAAUUAAGCAACCUUAUAAAAAAAAGCUCUCGUAUCAGAACAAAAAUGGUUAUGGAAAGCUAUAAUCUGAUACUAGCUCCUUAUCUGGUGGGCUGAAUAUGAUUAAAGAAACAGAUGAGUAUGAUACAGUUUAUCAACCCUUUAAAUUUGACUAUCAUUUUGAAUUCGAUAAUCCAGAAAGAGUAGAGAGAUUGUUUAAUGAACCUCAGAAAUCAUUUUUAAGGCCAAAUACAGGUCCCAGAUCUGAAGUCAGCUUAAGAGAUAGAUAUUCAGCCAAUGAUUAAAUAACCUAAAUAGGUGAUGAUUAGCAGUCGAAUCUUCUUCAAGAUAAUACUAUCUCAAUAUUUGAAGUUGAUGUGGAUGAGUUGAAAAAGUAGAAGAAAAAGAUUCACAAAGAGGAAAAGUAGUUUUAUAAGAACCAGAAGAAGCUGAAAAAGAGAAAAGAGAAAGAAAUUUAAAAGACAACAGAUAUUACCUCUUAGAAAAUAGACGACAAAACUGGAGCAAUUAUUAAGAUAUUAGAAUAAAAAGAUCUUAACAGCUAAAAAGAAUUUCAAAGAAAGGAAAAAAUUCUAAGGCUUAAUUUUGGCCAAACAGUUAAUGCUCUCAUUAAAAAUAUUAAGAUUCAAAGAGAUCUAAUUCUCUAAGCUUACGGACCUAUCGUAUUAUAAUCUAAGAAAGAUGAACUCCCACUAUUUCAUAUUAAUUCAAAACAUAACAAAGAUGGUGCGGAAAAGCUAAAUCAAUUACUUAAGGUCAGAGAUAAUACACCUCAACCAAUUUAAGUCAAAGUUGUAUCAUGCAAAAACUUAAAAGAUAAAGUAGGCAGUGGCCAUUUUAUCAUGAUGUGCUCUGUACUUGAUAGAAUUGGUGGAUAGAAAAUAACUUACAACCUUGGUGAGUGCAUAGAUAGCUUGAGAGAUUUAAGUAGAAGCAUUAGAGAUUUCAACCUUAAAAAGCGAACCUUUAUCAAUAAAGAGCAUAGAGAAAUGGAAUAAAAGCUAGCCGAUGGCUAGAAAGUAGUAGUAGCUGCCCCCAAGACUGGCAUGAAUUGGUUUAAAGCUGGAGGUUUUGGAGGUUACAACAAAGUCUAAUAAGAUGAUGAAGAUGAAAAACGUAAAAAAGCAGAAGCUAAAUAAAAUGAAAUUAUGGAUCAGUCAAUUAACCCCAACACUGAUGUCAAAUUAGAAUUUUCAAGAAACUAGACUAAGUAUAUAAGAUUUGACGGUAGAUAUUUUGAUAAUGAACUUUUGAUUGACGAUCAUCUUAACAUAUUGGUGCCACCAAAUAUUUAACCAUCAAACAUUUUACAAUUUGAAUUGAUUUUACUUGCAUCAGAAACAGUUCCUAAAGAUUAUGUUGUCGGAUGGGGAGUAUUUCCAUUAGUUAAUUCAGAAUUCAUGCUGAAUGAAGGAUAAUUUAAGUUACCGAUGCUAUUUGGUCAGGUAAAUAUUGCUUAUGAUAAGUUUGGGAAAAUAGAGGAAUCUUUCAAGAAAGAUUUAGAUAAUUGGCUCUGUAAUCUAUACAUAGAGAUUGAUAGAAUAAAGCUCUCAGAAAUCAAAAUUCAUCCAGAAACAAGCGAUUUAUAUCAUUAUGAGCCCUAUAGAUUGAAAAAUAAUGAUAGCCUUAUUUCAGACACUCACACUCAUAUAAAUCCUCAUAUUGAUGAAAUCGGUGAAAAUUCUCAAAUGCUUGAAUACAAAGUAGGAAAGCAAUAGAAAUUCUUCAAAAAAUAAACUUUCAAAGAAAUCGAACAAGAUGAGAAUGAUUCACUGUUAAACUAUCAAAAACUUAAGAAUAAGUAACUCAAUUUAGCUUCAAAUUCUAAUUCGUAAAUAUCAGUAGAAGACUAAGAAGUAGAAGAUAAGAAAAGCUAAUCUAACAAAAGUCAGUCAAUUGAAGAUUAGUCAAACAACCAUGAACAUGAAGAAUCAAAAAAUUUGAACUAGUCUAAAUCAAAGGAGUCAUAUUACUCUACAGUGUCUCAUGAGAUUAUGAUAGAUAGAAGAAAAGAUGAUGAUGAAAUUUAGUAUGAUCAAUUUCAUUUUUCUGUGAGUUAAAAACUAGAUUUAAAGACUAGAAAAUUAACAUUUAAAAAAAUGCUAUAUAUCUGGGAUGAAUUAACUGAGGACUUUGGUGUUAAAAAACUAAAAAAUAUUGAGUUUCAUUUGGCUAUCAUUUAUAUGUUCUUUCUAUUCUUCCUAAGAAUGUGGACUCAUUAUGUCGGUUAGUACAUUAUAUUAUUACUCAUGGGUGUGCCUGUCACUGGGUUUGAUCCUCAUUGGUAUAAGAUUUACAUUACUUAUGCUCAGUGGACAUUCAUAUAGGAGCUAAUGGUUGUAGUUUUUGGAAUUCUUUCAAAUUCAUUGUUAAUGUCAUUAUUUACUCUUAUUGCAUUUUUCUGUAAAAGAAGUUGCCUUAAUUGCUUCCCGAGAAUGUUUUAUAAGGUUAUCUGCUGGUAUGGAAUUUGGACCUUAUUUGAUCCAUAUGUUACUUUAGUAAUUGAUAUAGCAAGUGAGGGAUGGGAUGUAGGUGACUAUUUCAAGCUUUAUAAUUAUUAUUACAAAAAGUAAGGAAACGGCCUAGUUGGAAUUUACUUAACUGUUUUCGCAAUAUUUGCUUUUACAGUGAUUAAUGGCUUAAUAUUUUACAACUAUAUGAUAUUUGUUCACAUGAAUGGCAGAAUUUUAGAUCUCUAUAAGAGACUUUCAGGUUCUAUAAAGGCUUUCUUCAUACCGCAUGAUAAUGAAGUUUCCCUUACAUAUCUUAAAUGGGUAAUUAAGAGAGCUAAAAAGAGAAAUUUUGUUAUCAAAUCUAGCAGCCAAAGUAUUGUAGACAAAAGGGGGCAAUAGAAAGACAUUUAAUACAUUCAUAUUUAUAAAUACGGUAAUAAAUCCUUUUUAAUUGUAUAUAUAGAAAACAGCGCUUUGAAAAGAAAUAGAAUGUUUGUGAAGGACUAAGAUGGUUCUAUAUGUGAGGUUCCUCAAAAUAAGAUAUUGCUAAGAGAAGAUGAAGUUAAAGUUUUGAUAGAAGAUAUCAAUAAGAGCAAUGCUCAUAUUUAUGGAGAUAAGCAAGACUUCUUUGAAUCGUUGAAAUUGUCUGUGAAGAAUAAAGAUAAUGUAGCUAAUGCUUCAAUUUUAGCAGAGAGACACGGUUACUCAGCGAGAGAAAAUUAAAAAGAUAGAGAAGAGGAUGAUGAUGGCUUUGAAUUUGGUGAGAAUCAUAGACUGAAUAUUGAUGGAGGUGGUAGCUAGUCUAUUGUCAAGAGUAACAUAUUGAAUGAGAUUAACUAAAACCUAAUUUCUCUAGAUAAUUCAAUUUCAUAACCAUAAAAGCAUAGAAGUCUUAUUCUUCAUGAAGAUGAUAGUCAAAAUGUGUGA